AUGACUGUCCCCAACGGAAACGGCAAGAGCACCUUCCUCUUCACCUCAGAGUCGGUUGGCGAGGGUCAUCCGGAUAAGAUCUGCGAUCAAGUCUCGGACGCCAUCCUCGAUGCCUGCCUCAAGGAGGACCCCCUCUCCAAGGUCGCUUGCGAGACCGCAGCCAAGACCGGUAUGAUCAUGGUCUUCGGUGAGAUUACCACCAAGGCCCACCUCGACUACCAGAAAAUCAUUCGUGGUGCCAUCAAAGACAUCGGUUACGACUCCUCCGAGAAGGGCUUCGACUACAAGACAUGCAACGUCCUCGUUGCUAUUGAGCAGCAAUCGCCCGACAUUGCUCAGGGUCUCCACUACGAGGAGGCACUCGAGAAGCUCGGUGCUGGUGACCAGGGUAUCAUGUUCGGAUAUGCCACCGACGAGACUCCCGAGCUCCUUCCUCUGACCGUCCUCCUCUCCCACAAGCUGAACUCGGCCAUGACCAAGGCCCGCAAGGAUGGUACUCUGCCAUGGCUGCGACCCGACACCAAGACUCAGGUCACUGUCGAGUACGCCCACGAUGGCGGUGCCGUCGUCCCUCUCCGUGUUGACACCGUCGUUGUCUCUGCCCAGCACAGCGAGGACAUCACUACCGAGAAGCUCCGUGAGGAGAUCAAGGAGAAGAUCAUUAAGCAGGUCAUCCCCGAGAAGAUGCUUGAUGACAAGACCGUCUACCACAUUCAACCUUCCGGUCUUUUCAUCAUCGGUGGUCCCCAGGGUGACGCAGGUCUUACUGGACGUAAGAUCAUCGUUGACACCUACGGUGGUUGGGGUGCCCACGGUGGUGGUGCUUUCUCCGGAAAGGACUACUCCAAGGUCGACCGUUCCGCUGCCUACCUUGCGCGCUGGAUCGCCAAGUCGCUCGUGAACGCCAAGCUGGCCCGCCGCGCACUCGUGCAGCUGUCAUACGCCAUCGGUGUCGCCGAGCCCCUCUCUCUCUUCGUUGAGACAUACGGUACCUCCGACAAGUCCUCGGACGAGCUCGUCGAGAUUGUCAAGAACAACUUCGACCUCCGCCCCGGUGUCAUUGUCAAGGAGCUUAACCUCAUCAACCCCAUCUACUUCCAGACCGCUAAGAACGGUCACUUCACCAACCAGGAAUUCACCUGGGAGAAGCCCAAGGAGCUCAAGUUCUAA